AUGUCGAAUUUGUCAAAACAUGAGUUUGUAGCCCUUGACAUUUCUAGAAAGAAUUACCUAUCAUGGGUUCUCGAUGCUGAUAUUCACUUAGCCGCUAAAGGCCUUGGUGACACCAUUGCUCAGGUGAAAGAUCCACUUGAAUUGUGGAGUGGCCUGAAGGAACGGUAUGAUCACCUUAAGGCUACAAUAUUGCCAAAGGUUCGAUAUGAGUGGAUGCACUUACGGUUGCAAGAUUUUAAGACCCAAUACCGUGAAAAGGGUUUUAAAAAGUAUUCUGAAUUGAUCCCAUGCCUUCUGGGGGCUGAGCAACAUAAUACCCUUUUGCUGAAAAAUCAUGAAACACGUCCCACAGUGUCAGCUUCGCUUCCUGAAGCGAAUAUGGUUGAAAGAUGUAAAAAGUCUGAAAAAAGACAGAAUAAUUAUCAUAGACAUAUAAAUGUACGUGGGCAUGGCAAUGGCAAGAGACGAUAUAAUAAUCGUCAUCGUGGUGGUCAUGGCAAACGAGAGAACAAUAUCGAUUCUCAAAACAAUCCUUCAAGAGGCAAAAACAGUAACUAUCAUCGCUGUGACAUGAAAGUUCAUUGGAAAAUUGAAUGUCGUGCACCUGAGUAUUUUGCCAGGCUUUAUCAAACCUCCAUCAAAAGAAAGGCAAAUAAUAUUGGAGCAUUUUCUCCUAAUGCCCCAGUAGAGUAUCACUUGACCUUUAAAAAUUAUUUUGAGGCAGGGCCUUCAAACAAAAAUGAUGGCAAUGCCGAGGGAAAUCUUGCUUUGAAUGAUAAUAAUUUUGAAGGCCUCGAUGAUCUUACUCAUUUGGAAGUUGAACAUUUCUUUGGAGAUCAAAACUAA